AUGGGUAUGUCUAAACCCACCCAUCUGGAGACAUUGGUCAUAGAUAAGUGUAAAUCGAGAUCCUUUGAGCUUGAUGAAGCUCUGGAUUCUACAUUUGCAACUGUUAUUCUACGUUUACAUAAUGAAAUAUGGGAAGGUGUUCCAUUUAUACUAAAGGCAUGGAAAGCUUUGAAUUCAAGAAAGGCGGAGAUACACAUUCAACUUAAGGAGGUUCUUGGGGAUAUAUUCCAAUGUCAAAAGCAAGGGAGAAAUGAGUUUAUCAUACGCUUGCAACCUUAUGAAGCGAUGUACAUGAAACUAACAGUGAAGCAGCCUGGUCUGGAGUUCUCAACGGUGCAAAGUGAACUGGAUUUUUCAUACAGGCAACACUAUCAAGGUGUUACGAUCUCAGAAGCUUAUGAACGUCUUAUUCUUGACACGAUAAGGGGUGAUCAGCAGCAUUUUGUACGUAGAGACGAGUUAAAGAUACACCCAGUUAUGCUAGAUGUUGGUACUAACAAUCUAAAGCUAAUUGACAACCCACUUUAUUUAGGACUAAGACAACCUAGGUUAGAAGGGGAAAAGUAUCUAUCAAUUAUUGAUGAGUUCAUUGAAGCAGUUUUAACACGUUGUCCUAAGGCUAUUAUACAGGUUUCUUUCUCUCAGAAGUGA